AAUGUAAAAAGUAUAUUUUCCUGGUGAAUUAAUAAGACAUAAAAAUGAAUUAUAAAGUGGAAUAGGUACAUAUAUAAAAGAUGAUAAAAUAUUUGCAUCAAUGAAAGGAAGUUUAACAAUGAAUGAAUAGUUGAUAUCAAUAUAUCCAUCACAUUAAUAAGAUCCUGAAUUGAAAAUAGGAGCAAUAAUAAUAGGUUAGAUAAACAGUAUUAGAGAAGAUAGAGUAUUUGUUAGAAUAAUGAAAAUUAAUGGAGUAAAGGUAAACAAUUAUAUAGAAGGAGUAUUAAGGUAUUUAUUAGUAAUAAUAUUAUUAGAAAAUAAAAUAUUAGAUUACAUGAAAUUGAUUUACUUGAAAUGAAUAAAUGUUAUUUACCAGGAGAUAUAAUAAAAGCAAGAAUGAUAUCAUAUGGAGAUUCAUUAAAAUUAUAUUUAAGUACAGCAGAAGAUGAAUUAGGAGUGUUAUUUGCUAAACAUUAAGAAACAUAAAAAUUAAUGAUUCCUUUAUCUUGGGAUGAAAUGUUAUGUGUAGAGAGUGGAUUAAAAGAAAAAAGAAAAGUAGCAAAACCAAAUUUUAAUUAAUUGAUCUGA